AUGUGGUCCCAGAAGUCUGGCGUGUACAGUAAAGUACUGCUGCGCAAAGGCAACUAUGCGGAGCGUGUGGGAGCCGGCGCCCCCGUUUACCUGGCAGCUGUGCUCGAGUACCUGACCGCUGAGAUCCUGGAGCUGGCUGGCAACGCAGCCCGCGAUAACAAGAAGACUCGCAUCAUCCCACGUCACCUGCAGCUGGCUGUCCGCAACGACGAAGAGCUUAACAAGCUCCUGGGGGGAGUCACCAUCGCUCAAGGUGGUGUGCUGCCCAACAUCCAGGCCGUGCUUCUGCCCAAGAAGACCGAGAAGCCUGUCAAGGCCAAGUAA